UUGUGUUGAUUGUGUGUUGCAAAACAAAUCGCAAAACUUUCGCGAUUUUAUAAAACAUUAGAAUUUGAUUUUAUGAAAAUGGAGACUUAUUUUAUAAGUAAAACAGUGCAGAAUUUAUUGAAAUAUUGUGUUUUUCAAUUAUAGUAGGACGUAUGAUUAAAUCUUCAAGUGCCCCACAUUAAAAAGUAGUUGUGAUUCGCGAAAGUUUUUAUUUUGCAUUGAAAUUCUAAUGGAUAAAAAUGCAUGCCACAAGAAUUAUAGUGUUAUUCGUUUGUAUUACGUUUUGCGUUAAUGGUUAUGAUAAUGAGCAUACAAGCGAACAUUCUUUGGAGUUGACCCAGUCCUUGAACUUGGCGCGCCAGGAACUUAUUCAAGAGACGUGCGGUCGACUCCCUUUAAAAUGGGGUCUUGAUGAUUUGCCGCCAAGCCAACUGGAACACAUUUUGGUGGAUGAUGAUCACAAACUCCUCUACUGCUACGUGCCAAAGGUAGCAUGUACGAAUUGGAAAAGAAUACUCAUGAUAUUGGCAGGAAAAUGGAACGACACAGAUGUCCUUUCCAUUCCAGCCAGCCUUGCCCAUUCUCCUGGAAUGUUCAGAAAUCUCAGUUCCGUUUCGAAGGAAGACAGAGACAUCAUGCUAGAGAAUUAUCAAAAAAUGAUAAUAGUUAGGAAUCCAUUUGAAAGAUUAUUAUCUGCUUAUAGAAAUAAGCUUGAAGGUGAUCUUCCGAGUGCUAAAUAUUUUCAAGAUCGCGUCGGGAAGAGAAUCAUUAAGGCAUUCCGAGAGAACCCAUCAAACGAGUCCUUGGAAUACGGGCAUGACGUCACCUUUAAGGAGUUCGCGCUGUUCCUGACAAAUAGGUCGAAAGAACUGGCUGAUGUGGUGAACAACGAACACUGGCAACCAAUAACGAGCCUUUGCCAUCCAUGCCUUAUUAAAUAUACAUUAGUUGGUAAAUAUGAAACCCUCUUGGAUGACUCAUUACUGGCUCUUCACACGAUAAACGCGUCGCAGAUUCAGUUCCCCCGUCUGGCACGCACUUCGGGUACCUCUGAAAAACUACGCAAGUAUUUCUCGCAACUAGAUCUACCUCUGAUAAGGAAAUUGUACAAAUUAUACAAGUACGAUUAUAAAAUAUUUAACUACGAUUUAGAUAAUAUAGUUGGUUUCGAUCUGGGGUAGAUGGGUAUGAUCAUGGGAUUAUCGUCUCUAUGGUCAUUUUUAUAUGAGCAUUGGAAGGAACAAUGUCCUCUCUUGGAUGAACUAAACUUGGGUUUAGAUCAAAGACUUUUCACGAGAAACAAAUUCGACACUAUGCAAUCGAAAUGGUUCCGAAUCGAUUGUAAAAUGUUGGAAACUGACAUGCAGUGAUACUCUAUUUUGAUAUUUGUAUCUUAGAUAUAUGGUUCAAUAGUGUUAUACUCAAUUUUGUAACAUACGUCGUUUUGACAUUUCACAAUCGACUUUACGUCGAAGUGCGAGUUUUUUUUUGUGGAAAAGCGAUUUGUAUGUUGUUUAUGCAGUUGUUUUCAACUGAUAUUUAUGUCAUCGUUUUAUUUAAGUUUAUUAUUAUUUAUUUAUGUUGGUUUCACUAUUGAAAUCAAUGUAGAUACCUUAUAAAUUAUAUGACAGUUUAAAAAAUAUAUAGAUAUUUUAAACUGUCGUAAAUUGAUUAGAUUCAUAAAUAUUUACUUCGAUAGCUUAAUUGCUAGUGAUGUGGUAAUAACGGCUUUAUAUAAAUAGUAUUUCAUCGGGUGUUCAGAUAAACAUUUAUUUAUCCUUUCUUCUAUCAUUACAAAGAAAGAGACAAAACAUUGUUUAAUUAAUCACUCCGCAAAUAGCAUUCAGAGGUAAAGCCGUGCUUAAGUUUUAUCAUGAUGCGUUACUGUUAGUGCAAAAGGUCGUAUGUCAAUAGUAGUUCCAAUUGAAUACUGCUCUUGAUCUGAUUUGUGUUACUUAUUACAUUAUGAAUUGCAUGCCUCAAAAAAAUACUUUAUAAAUAUACCAGUUACAACGGUAUAUACUAUAUUAAAUAAAGUGGAAAUUAUUACUGUACAUACGACCUUUUGCAAACAGUAAAGACGAAUAUUAAGAGGUCCUUAAAGAAUUUUUUUAAGGAGUUUUAUGUUACGUUAAUUUUGUUAGUUGGAAUUUGUAAUAAUCAUUUACAAUGUUGCACGCUGUAUAUACAUAUGUUUGUUACAUUUAGAGUACAUAGUUCAUUGUUGUUUGUAAAGUAAGCACUAAACAGUUUUAUACAUUUUUGUUUACAUAAUGUACAGAUUUUUUUAUAGUAAAGAAACAUAAAUAAAAGUUAUUAAGAUUUAAAAGAGAGGACAAUUGUUACAGUCAAUUUUAUGUACAUAUUUAGUAAUUUUUAAAAUUACCAAGUAUACUAAGUAACUAAGUAUUUCCGCUCGGCAGUAGUAUGUACGAUGAGUGAGGGUACGUACACUAAGGGGCUUUCACAAAGCCUUGGUGGUAACCAAGUGUUUUGAAGUCAUUUCAUAUGAUUGAUUUUCUGGUUUAAAUCUUAAUAACUUUCAUUGUGUUUGUAUUUCGGUGGGAAUAUUUCUGCCCAACACGGACCAAUUUAUUAAAGCCUUUAUAUUUUUUUACAUCGUGUAGCAUAAUAUUAAACAAAUAACAUAUAUGUUUAGUAUUACACCAUUUAUGUCAGGUCUAAUUUUACAUUAUAUAUAUUUUAACCUCUAUUUCUCCAAGAGGAAUAUCAACUGAUAUUAUAAUAAAAUAUUUUUUGUUUGUUACGUUUACACGUCUUAACUACUCAACGUAUCACCGUGUAAUUGCACGUUUCGUUACAUAAAAGGACAUGGAGUAAAUAAGAACGCGACCGAAACUGCUGUCGGAAACUAUUGAGAAACUAAAAAGUGUCUAAAUCAAUAAAACAUUUGCGAUGAUAAGUCCAAUAAAACGCGUGGACCCAAAAUUUUCCGUUUGAUAGCAACUUGGUUUUUUUUUUUUAACUUAUAAAUUAUAUUUAAAAUUGAGUUUUGAGGUGAACGGGUAAUAUUCUCACCUUUUGUGUUAGAGAUACCGUUAUUUCGGGCUAAAAUGUAAAUGAGUUAUAAAAAAUCGGUUCAGUAUACAAACUCAAAUUCCUUUAUUAAAUAUAGAAGCGUUACACUUACUUAUUGAUAGUCAAAUUA